AUGGCUCCCAAAGGCAAAGGCGGCGACAAGGGCAAAGGGAAAGAGACCAAAGAUGCUGGUGGCGACAAGGGAAAAGUGAAAGGCGCACAAUCCAUCAAUGUCCGUCACAUCCUGACGGAAAAGCAUGCGAAGAAGGAAGAAGCUCUCGCGAAAUUGAACGCAGGCGCCAAGUUCGAUGAUGUCGCUCGAGAAUUCUCAGAAGACAAGGCGCGGCAAGGAGGAAGUUUGGGUUGGAAGACGCGAGGUGCUCUGAUGCCCGAAUUCGAAAAUGUUGCUUUCGAGCUUCCUGCUUCUACCACAGCGAAGCCGGUGUGGGGUGAAGCAAAAACUUCAGAGGGCUAUCAUCUAAUCAUGGUCGAAGGGCGCAAAUGA